AUGGAUCAAAACAACAGUGUAUCUGUGUUUAUUUUGCUAGGGUUAACACAGGAUACUCAGAGGCAAAAAAUGGUGUUUUUAAUCUUCUUAAUUUUCUACGUGGGAACCAUAGUGGGGAAUAUGCUCAUUAUUGUGACCAUCAAGUACAGCCAGAUGCAUAGUAGCCCCAUGUACUUUUUCUUAUUUUAUUUGUCCUUUACUGAUACCUGCUUUUCAACAUCCAUAACCCCCAGACUAAUUGUGGAUGCCCUCUCUACAAAGAAAAUGAUUUCCUACAAUGAAUGCAUGACACAGGUCUUUGCACUACAUUUAUUUGGGUGCAUGGAGAUUUUUGUCCUUGUAUUCAUGGCUUUUGAUCGCUAUGUUGCCAUCUGUAAACCCUUGCAAUACCCAACCAUCAUGAGAAGACAGGUUUGUCACAUCUUGAUUGUUCUUGCCUGGACAGGGUCUUUUAUACAUGGCAUUACUCAGGUUAUUCUGCUCUUCAGAUUGCCCUUCUGUGGACCCAAUUUGAUUGACCAUUACUGCUGUGAUUUGCAGCCCUUGUUGAAACUUGCUUGCAUGGACACUUACGUAACCAACUUGUUGUUCGUGUCUAACAGUGGGGCACUUUGCUCAUGUAGUUUCACGAUUUUGAUGAUCUCAUACAUUGUCAUUUUGCAUUCACUGCACAACCACAGUGCAGAAGGGAGGAAAAAAGCUCUCUCCACUUGUACUUCUCACAUCAUUGUAGUCAUCUUAUCUUUUGUUCCCUGCAUAUUCAUGUAUGCACAUCCCCCAACCACUUUUCCCAUGGACAAGAUGGUGACAGUAUUUUAUACCAUUGGAACACCAUUUCUCAACCCACUUGUUUAUACUCUGAGGAAUGCAGAAGUGAAGAAUGCCAUGAGAAAGUUAUUGGAUGUUAAAAUCAUUACUGAAUAA